AAUCGAGCAAAAUGACCUCGUAAACAAGCAUUCUUUCACUGUCGAACCGUAAAAGGGACAGAGUCCAACAACUUCAAGUGCAAAGGGCGUUCUAUGUAUUCUCUCAUACGCGAACAAUGAAAGCGGCAAAUUCCAAAGCUUUCACGUGCAAACUGCGUAACAAUACAACUCACAGUAAGGGCCUGAUCACAUGAGCCGGGGAAGCAAUGCGCAUGAACAGAGUGUUACCAGCUGUCCUGUUUCUCACUUGGUUCAUUCGCCGGGCCGCCCGGCAAGCAUGAUUACUUGGAAAAUUUCCAUCCGCGAUCCUGGCAUCAUAAUACUGGUAUCCCAGCUAACCGGGCUGGCUCGGUUGUCAUAUAAUCGCAACGUUUAUUUCUGUUGAGCCUAACUAAGGUGCCGGGUUCUCUGCAAAGCGAGUCAGCCCGGUUAAUGUAAUCAGGCCCUUAGUUCUACAGCCAAAUUUUACGCCCUCCCCUCGACCUUACCGAUUUCUAAAAGCCCCCAACCACACACAAAACUUCUCCUCCCCCCAACCCAUUAACAUUUUUAUACCCCCUCUCUAUAUUAAAUGAACUUUUAGCCUUAUCCAUGUUCUCUCCAUACAAAUAUUAUCAAAAAAGCGAACCACUACUACUUCAUUUCAAGACACUGAAACUACACUAUCCCUUUACAACCAAAUUAGCACUUCCACAACUACCUCACUGCAACACCUAAAAUCACUUUUAACUCCCAAAAUAAUUAUCUUUUGUUACUUCAUAACGUUGUCAUACUUGAGCGGAAUGGCGAUCGUUGCAAAACUUAUAUCUUGAAUGUGCAUCACACUUUUUCGCAGAUUUCGUUGCUGUCACGACUAAACUUAUCAACUUUUAUCACUUUAAUCUUUAAGAUCGGUUACAUCACUAGUGAUCGUGGUAACUAAUAUUAUUAUUAUUAUUUAUUAUCAUCUCGUAGUAUAAAACUUUGGAAUGCUGUCCACAUUAUGAGUAGUAUAGAGCGCAUAACGUAACGUAACUAUUAUUAUUAUUAUUAUUAUUAUUAUUAUUAUUAAUUACAGACUUUGAUUUCGUCUGAAAUACCCAUAGAGUCUCAUUAUUUCUUUCUGGAAAAGCUUACACCAGGAUUACUGUUUGUUGAAUUUUUUUAAAAAAACAGACCCUUGUUUUUAACUUGAAAGAAACAUUUUAAGAAGGGAACCUCACUGUAAAGACCAAAAAAUAGAGGCGACAUUAGUUUCUCGUUACAAUACCUCUUGGUUCCAUUGAUUUUAGCCUCUGUACAUCCGCCCCUUUCCCAGUCUCGGCCGAAUUUUUUCUGAGGGGAGGGGACAGCUUCACAUAGGUUACAUUAAUGGUUCUGUACGCUCAUAAAUUGUUCUUUCGUUAUUUUAAACCUUAUGAUUUUCUUUCAGAACUUACUUUUUGAAGAGAAUUCACAAAGUUCUACAAAAAUCGGAUCCUGUUUAUGGGGACCGAUAUUUAGUUGAUCUGGAACUUGGCCUGCCUCACACUGAGAGAUCAUAUCGCUUCUCUGAGCACGUGUAUCAAAAAAAGGGAACGAACAGUUUGUGUCUUCCCAAUGGAAUUGAGUGGAACAGAAACGCCACCGUAUACAUAAUACUCCCUGUCAAAGAUCAGGGAAGAUGGGUCUAUCAUUUCAUCAAUGAACUCACGGUUGCCAGCUUAUUAACGGGUGAUAAGAACUUCCACGUUAUUGUUGCUGAUUUUGAAAGUCAAGAUAUCGACUUGGCCAAAGCGUUCGACACUGCCCUUCUGAGGAGCAGGCACACUAUUAUCAACUUGACCGGUAAAUUUUGCAAGACGCUGGCGUUGAACAAUGCUGUAGAACAAGUACCUAAUGCGCAUGGUCUGUUGUUUUUGUUUGAUCUGCAUAUCGAUGUGCCCGUUGACAUUCUGGACAGCGUGCGAAAGGUGAGUUGAUACGUGUUGUUAUAGCGUUUUCACUUGGCGUCACGGCGGCCAUAUUAAUAAUAAAUAUAAUAAUAAUAAUAAUAAUAAUAAUAAUAAUUUAAUAACUUCUAGAGCGCUAUUUACAUUCACUGAUCAACAGCGCUUAACAACUUAAAACUACAAUAAAAUUCAAAUUUGUAAAACUAAUUACAUGUAUAUGAAUAUUAACAAUGUUUAUUAUAUAGAAACGAGUGUUUUAUUGGAAAAUAUACCACCCGUAAAAUUCAUAAAAACUACAUCCGGGACCCGAGUGGUUUAUUUUCCAUAAUCUCACACGUGAGUUUAUCGAUGACGCAAUUUUGGUAAUUUCCCUUCGAAAUUUGUAAGGCGUCUUGCGUCUUUUGAAUUUUACUUACACAUUUUUCAAAGCUUCGCUUAUAUUUUGUCAUUGUAGAGCCCUAUUCAGCUCAGUGUUAUCUCUCAAGAUUAAUGUAAACAAUAUCUUAUAUUGCUGCACUACAAAUUUGAGCCGUCACAGUUACUUUCACUCCUGGCAAAAACAAUAUUUUACUCACUCGCUGCGCUCGUUUGUAAAAUAUUGUUUUGCCACUCGAAAAUAAUAUUCACAUCUUCGCGCCACCAUGUAAUAUACUCUAUAUAUUAAUAAUAAUAAUAUAGAAUAUUUAUAAUAAUGAUAAUAAACUUAAUUAGUCAUACUAAUAAAGUGAAUGUCAAACAGGUUACGUUGUAAAAGCUGCACGAAAUAAAUAAGUUUUCAGCUUACAUUUAAAAAUAGCUAAUGAUUGAAUAUCACGUAAUUCAGCAGGCAAACUAUUCCAUAAAUAUGGGGCAGCAGCAGAGAAAGAUCUGUCACCUAACGUGACAAGCAUUUUCCCUUUAGGAGGGUGUUGCAAUAAACAUUGAUUUGAUCUAUAUUAUAUAUACCAAAUCAUAUAUACCAGAUUAUAUAUACCAAAUUCCUUUCGACCACACAACACCAAGUUUACUGAGUUUCCUUAUUUUCAACAGAACACCAUAGAAGGAAGAAUCGCUUUCUUUCCCGCAGUGGGACGUCUAGACUGUCAAAGUACAUAUAUUGAUCAUCAAGGCUUUUGGGAGAUGAACGGUUAUGGUCUUCUUGCUGUAUAUAAAUCGGACUGGAUACGUUUUGGCGGUAAGAAAAUCGUUAUUUUAAUACCGUUACUGCUGAACCAAGUGACAUAUAUUUAAAUAUUUGUUUUGGCUCCGACUUCAAAAAUGAGAGAACUGCAGAGAGUCAAAUUUUCAUUUUGAGCUACCAGACGAUAAAGAGUAUUUUAUACAUGACUUUAUGUAGAUACCCUUAGUUGCAGACGUGAUCAAACCUCAGUAAGUAACGUUUCUUCGCCGAGGUCUUUGUUCUGGGUCCACAACGGAUUCAACAACUCACCGGAAUUAAGUUCCCAAAGUAACGACCCCCCUAGCCUGAGAAAACAGCCGACAUUUGGCGACGCUACCACUGGUUUCCCCGCCAAAUGACGUCUGACAAACAAGCGCAGAAAUUCCAUACUAACGAUGCGUCGCUACCCAGAUCUGGGUAGUGCUUCUCAUUGGUUUAAUCAAAUUUCCUACGCGGCAUGACCAAUCAGAAGCACUACCCAGAUCAAGGAAGUAACGCGUCAUCAGUAUGGAAUUUCUGCGCUCGUUUCUCAGACGUCACUUGGCGGGGAAACCAGUGGUAGCGUUCAAGAUAAGUGAGUUGUAGCCGUUUGUCUUGUUAUUGUGUACAAUCGUAACUUUUAACUGCUUAAUUUUGAAAGGAAUGAAUGCGGAGGAAUUCAAGUACAAAUGGGGUGGAGAAGACUGGGACCUACUGGACCGCGUCGUGAAUGCUCAGUUGGAAGUUGAAAGGAUUAAGUACCCAGGCCUCUAUCAUCAUUAUCACACCAAGCAGAAAAUGUGGAGUUAA